AUGUCUCGAAGAGAUAUAUACCUCAAAGAUGACUAUUUCUCCUACAAAACUAUCCCUGCGUCUAAGAUCUUUAAAAAGUUCUUCAGGAGGAUAGAUUUUUAUGCAAAGCCGAUCACCUUGAGGCAUAAAGGAGAGUAUAAAUUUUACACGAACCUUGGGAUGUAUACGUCUCUAAUCAUAAUUAUAAUUAUCUCCCUUUUUAGUACAUAUCUGUUCAUUAAUAUGAUUUUUGGAUCAAAUUUUACAGUGGAUAGUACCAUUAUUUAUCAUACCCCGAACAAUUAUCCUGUGAUAAAUCUCCAAGACAGACAAUUCCCAAUUGGAUUUGCAUUACUAGAUGAAGACGGUAAUAUUUUUAAGGAUGCUAAGUACUUUAAGUUCAAAAUGUUUACAAAGCUUAUUGAUAAGAAUAACCCUCAGCUUUCGGCUGAGAACGAAUUUGAUCUUACCUCGUGCUCUAACACAGGAAUUUUGGGAGAGAGAUAUGCAGAUUACUUCUGCCCUGUAAGCCUCAACCACAGCGUGGAAGGAACUAACCUAAAUGAACAACACACAAUGCUGGGAUUUAAGGUGGACCAAUGCCCUGAGUCAGGAGACAUCACUUGUGAACCAGAAAAUGUCAUUAUUGAUAAGCUCAAGACUUUGAGGAUGAAGGUUGUCUAUGAUAAAGCAACAUUUGACUUUGGCUCUAAAAAUAACCCGAUAGGACGAAUUACAGACGACUCAACAGAGAUCGGACUUUCUUCUAUGUGAACGGGGACAAGGAUUUUCUUAAGAGACAAUGUUCAUAGAGCAGCAAGAAAUCCUCUUCUUUUCUGGUUAGAGGAUACAACUAAGUUUAUACAAAUCAAAGAUCACCAUAACUUCGUUGAAGGAUGUAACAGGCUCAACCAUUUAGGGCAAGUACAGUUUGUGAUUUCUGAUGAGUAUGAUCAAUUCCAAAGAUCCUUGUUCUCUCUUGUAGAUUUCUUAGUCCAAGUGGGAGGAUCCUUCAAUUCCUUAAAAGCUAUUGGUUUUUUAAUAACAGCUGUAUUUUCUUACAGAAUGUUCUAUGCUAGUCUCAUAAGAGCUCUGUUCUUCUUCGAUACUACUCCUGAAGAGUUCAAGAAGCAAUUUAAAAAGGCUGAGAAGAAAGCAAGGAAAAAUAAGAAUAAGAGUGGGUCAAAUCACGAAGCCGCCAAUUAUCUCAGCAAUAAUAACAAUCAGGUCGUAGCAAAGUCUAAGUUUGAAGAUUACACAGAUAUGGAGAAGAUCAAGCUAUGAGCUCUCAAUGACUCCUCAGCUUCAGAAUACUCUGAAAAUAAUGAUCCCGAAGCAGGAGAAGGGGAUGAUUUUAGCUUAGACAAGAGGCUGGGAUACGAUAAAAUUCGAGGUAAAAUGCUGGAUAAACUUGGUUAUAAAACCCUCAAAUAUGACUAUAAGUGCAAGUCUAUAUUCAAAUCUCUCGUGUUCUGCCAGAUAUGACGUACGAGAAACUAUCUGAAAAAGAAUAGGGAGACUAGAAAGCUCAUGCUUUACUACAAAGGAAUGGAGAAACUAGACCAAGAGAUCGACAUAGUCGAGAUUGUGAGGAAGUUCAGGAAGCUUGACGUGUUGGUUAAGCUUCUAUUGAAGAAAGAUCAGCAACUAAUCCUUGAUCUUAAAAAUGCGAUCUAUAUCUCCUCUGAAGAGGAAAGUGAGAGAUACUUGCUAGGAUAUACUAAAAAGAAGGUUUUGAGGAAGCAUAAGCUGCUUCAAAAGUAUAUUGAUAAUAUCAAGUCAAAGGAAUUAACUUCUCAAGAUGAAAAAUUACUAAAUAUCUUGGGGUUUAAAGAUGUAUGAGCAAUGCUUGCCAGACCUGCACAACUAGCCAAAGUUAAUUCAAACUGGACUGAUAGACGCCAUCCAGUGUUUGGUUUGAGUGGUUCGCCUAAAAAGCAAAGAAGAUCGUCUCAAAAAGGCUCGGAUUCUCAAGGAAAAGGAACAGGAAAAAUAUAG